AUGGCAAAUCGAACCAGCACGUUCACAACAUUGAUCCUUGGGGUAAAUAAUACCAAUACAACAGCUUCAAGACGCACUCAUUUUGAUUAUUACAUCUGUACACAAGUGUGGAACGAAACGGACGAACACCUCAUUGAAUGGAUAGAACAUCAAAUAUUUCGAUUAGGCUUCCGCAAUGUUUGUGUAAUUAGCGUGGAAGAACCAUUAGAUAAAGCAAUCGUUACACGCUAUCGACUGGCUACGAUUACCAAGGCUGAACGUGCUCAAGAAUGGAAAUAUUGUCUGGAAUGUUUCACAGAUCCGCCAAUGAAACCACAAGAUUUGCUCAUGCUGCAAGAUAUUGACGAGUUUCUCAAUGUGCAACGGUCGGAUGCUAUAGCCGCUCAUUACGACGCGUACGAUCUAUUUCAUUUUACGGAUUUACGAUAUGGCUAUGUCUACGAAACCGACAAAGAAAUGGAGAAUAAGUCUUUACUAGAAACGAAUGUUUACCGCCGAGCGAAUUAUUACUUAGGCGAAUAUAUACACCCGCAAGUGACAGAACUAUUCGAGUGUAAUGGUAGUUGUGCUACCACAAACGGAAAGGAAAUGAUUAGAGUUGGCGCUAUCGAAGAGCUCGGUACACAUUAUCAUACUGCGAAUAAUCGAAGUGGUGGGAAACGGCUCUAUAUUGAUAUGAAAGAUGUUCGUCUCAAUCAUUACUGCAUGCGUACUCGUGAAAAUUCGUUGAUAGCAGGAGGGAAAUGGGACAAGAAUGGCUACAAACAAGAUUUAAUCCGACUGAAUAAUUUUUUCAAAGCAGUCUAUGAUCCGUCGAUUAUUUAUGCGAAAAAACUUUCACCUUAUCGCAACUAA